GCUGCACCAUCAGGAGGCGAGGCGCUGCUCGGAUGAUGGAGAAGCAGCGAUCGUGUCACCGGUACGGAUCCGUUGAGAGCAGCGAGUGGAAGCGAGGCGACGCGCAGCCAGAUAGAGUCCCUCCUCCAGAGGACGAUGUGGUGUCCAUGGCCGAUUCGACCAUCACCGUGGAUGAUAUCGAGGGGGAGCUCCUGAAAAUUGAGCGGAUCAGGGACGUGUUGGUGCGGAGGGAGUCCGAGCUCCGAUAUAUGAUGGAUGACAUACAGCUGUGCAAGGAGAUUACGCGACUGAAGAAAGAACUCCACAAACUCGUCUCAGUACCAGACACACACAAGUCUAAUGAGGACCGACAAAAGGAAGAAGAGCUCCUGGAGAAGAUUCACAAGCUGGUGGAGACCAGAGACUUCCUGGUGGAUGAUGUGGAGUUUGAGCGUCUCAGAGAGAAAGAGGAAGAUAAAGAAAUGGCAGAUUUUCUGAAGUCCAAAUUCCCUAGGAACAACAGGAAGACAGGUUUACCAACAAGACGAGCUCCGCAGGCGCCUCCCUUCAACAAUUCUGCUCUGUCCUUGCUGAAGGAGUGCUGCGGCUUCACUUGUUCGGUCAUGUAGCCCGGACCCCCGAGCAAACGGACUCAAAUGGACCUCAGACAUCGAAGAGACUUGCAUUUCAGGACCUAUUUUGUACAAAAAGCUUCAUCAUUUGAUGGAUAAACUGCAAAAUAGAGUGCUGUUGCCUUUUAUCUGACUCCAUAUCAUAACAGCGUAUGUCUUCUCUGCUUCCUCCCAGGGUCACU